GUCGCGGUCUUUAUCAGACAAAUCAUGUCAACAAAGUCAUAAUUUGUUUGGGUGGGUUUUCCUUUUCAUGAUAAUGAGAAUAUCGUGCCUUUCGCGAGCUUAAAAUAGCAAUACGGGUCACGCAAACUUUUUAAUAAGAAGUACGGCUUAGUAGUUGUCUUCUGCUCGCUUGGAUAGGACUGUCUGACGAUAAAACCUCGCCAUGGCAUUUUAUGGACGCGGACGUGGGGAAUGACGUCGUGACCGCCUUGAGGAGCGAUCUCGCGGGGCUGCAGUAUAAGCGAGAUAAAUUGUUGUCUGAAGUCAGCGAUUUAAAGAACCAAAUGCUUUCUCGUGAUCAAAGGAUUUUAGAGCAGCAGGUGGAAAUAGACCACCUGCGCGAACAGAAUGCCAGACAAAACGCGGUCAUAUCAUCUCUUAGGAAGAAAAUUCAGGACCUCGAAGAAAUACAGCGUAACCUGCAAGCUGCUCAGGGGAGGAGCGACAUGACAGUACAGACUUUACAGAGGGACAAUCGCUACUACGAUGAUAAAAUAAAAGACUUAGAAAAGAAGCUUCGUAAUCUUGAAUUAGAGUGUCACAACGAAGAGCAGCAAAAGGAAAAUGCCCGCUGCCAGUUUCACGACUUAGUGCGUCGCUUGUCUGCGGCAUUGGACGCUGAAUUCUGCGACACUACCCACACUCAUUCCCCCGAAAGUCUUAUAAUCAAAGCGGCGGAGUUGGUGCAAGAAAUAACAAGGCUCAAGAACAAGUGCAUGAACACUACGGAGAACUUGUCGAGUGUUGAGCAGGACUUUAGGAGUUGCCGGGAUGCGUUGGAGAGAGCUAACGCGGACAAAGACAUGCUGCAACGACAGGUGACGUCUCAGCUGCUUGAGCUGGAGCGUCUACGGCAGGAGAAGGAGUCCCUGUCCGUACAAACGAGGGUCCUGGACCGCGAGCUGCACGAGGCGCGCGAGAAGCUGUCCCACUGCUCCAAGAACCUGUGCGUCGUCACCGACAACGUCAACCAGAAUGAGUCCAUGAUUGUGCAGCUGAAAGAGGACCUACGUCAUCGCGACGAAAAAUACCAAAGAUUGCAAACGGAAUUCCGCAACACGAUGGAGUCAAUCGCGAUCCUCCUGAGCUUGCCGACGCGGUUCGUCGAGGCCCACGAGAGCACUAUCAAGGACAGGAUUAGGGAGAUACUGAGCGACAACAAGGAUAAAACUGUGCAAAUCGACGCGCUGCGCGAGAAGCUAGGCAUGGAGUCUCAGCAGCUGAGCCGCGCGGCGCACGCGCACGACCAGGCGGCGACCCGAGUGCGGGUGCUGGAGGACGAGCGCAACAUGCUCGAGGGGAAGGUCCACAAGCUUGAGGCUGAACUGGCAGCGCUCGAGCUCACCAGGGACAAUUUACGCAAGGACAAAGCUAAUUUUGUAGCAUUCCUCGAGCGGCUUAGCAGGACGAUGAAUAUGGACGAACUGACCCAGGACAUCGGCAUCGAGCUGCACACGGACGCCAUCAUGCACCGCGCCGAGCAGCUGGCGAGGCUGGAGAGCGAUAAGAUCGUGGACAAGCUGCUAUAUUACGGAUACUAUGGCACGCUGCCUCGCCUACGCAGGGAGCGUUCUUUCCAUGACUUGCCUUACCUUAAAGAAACGGCCGUGGUGUACCAACUGCAAAGACGAAUAAGGAUUCUUAGGGAACAAAUCCAAAGGAAAGACUUGCAUCUGGACCUGUUACGGCGCAAACUAAGUGUUCAGGAGGAGUCAUCGCGCGUGCGCGCCGUGCUGCAGGCCGAGCGCGACGAGGCGACAGCGAGGAGCAAGAAGCUCGCCCGCCAGUGUGACAAGCUAGCCGCGCAACUCGGAGAUGCCCGCGCGCAGCUGCGCGAUCUGCACGCGCAGGUGGCUGACGCGGCAGAGUAUAAGAUAAUUUCAUUGGAGAGGGCGCGCAAGAUCGAGGAGCUUCAGAAGAAGCUGGAGGAAGCCGAGCUGCUCCGAGUGCGGUACAACCGCAAAGUCAACGUGCUCAAAGACCAGGUCCGGAACACUGGGGAGACCUUCGAGCAAGAACGGACCACAUCAGAGCACCAGAUCAACAUGUUACGCGAUGACCUGGCCCGCACCAAAGAAGCGCUUGCUGAAAGUCAUAGGAGAGAGGCUCAGCUCACCAGCUUUAGGAACUCAAUAGCGAAACUCCUUGGCAUCCUGGUGCCGUCAUCGGUGUCGGACUUCGAAAUGGUCUCCCGUCUGCAGAAGCUGAUCGACGCGCACCACGACUUCACCGUGGUGUCGCGUCGGUACGACGACCCGACGCUGCUGCGCGCGUCGUCACGCUCGCCGCCGCCGUCGCGCUGUCGCACUCGGACCCCCGACAGAUCACUCCGCUACGACGACUCAGGGUACGCGGACCCGGCAUUUGAUUUAGAGGACGACCUGUACAAGGCUCGUGCUGCCUUGUGACCCUCGCGCCCCCGUCGCCGCGCUCGCUUCUAAGCCAGAAACCUCUUUAAACUGUUAAUGGACGGUGGUACGAGUACAAGUUUGCCGACCAUGUGUGUUA